CUGACUUCAGCGAGGCCAGAAUUUUACCCACAGUCCGCAUUUAGCACAUCCUGAUCUCUCCCCAUGUAUUAUAUGGAAUGCAGUGAUCUGUCACGGCUGUCACCUCUCUCCAAGCCUUUUAGCAUGUUUGUAAAACAUGUUGAUGAUUCCCUCCAUGCUCUUUGGCCUGACAUUUUCCACUUUGUCAUUAUGAUUCCCCAGUACUGUUUGGUUGCUCAUCUGUGCCCCUGCGGCCAGUUCAUUUCCCCUGGCCAUCCCAUUGCUGCUUAAGAUGUGAGAAAUUGAUAAAACCUCCCAGUGUACAAUCCAGAGCAGGGCAAGGCAUUGUUUCAUAGGGAGAUAAGAUAGCCCCACGUCAUUGGGUGGGUCCCAGAAGUGACCAAUGACAAUGGACAGCUGCCAAGUUCUGCUCUCCCCUUCCCCUUUAUAACUGAGGCUGUGAAGGCAAUCAUGACAGACCUGUCCGAGUUUCCAUUGUAAAAAGGCUGAUCUCACAAACUCCAGCAGCGAUGACUCUGACUCAAGCUGAGAAGGCUGCAGUAAUUGCCAUUUGGGGAAAGAUAGCUGCCCAAGCUGAUGCCCUUGGGACCGAGUCGCUGGAGAGGCUUUUUUCAAGCUUCCCACAGACCAAGACCUAUUUUCCUCAUUUCGAUCUCAGCCAAGGUUCUGCUCAGCUUCAUGACCAUGGCUCCAAGGUCCUGGGUGCUAUUGGUGAGGCUGUCAAGAACAUCGAUAACAUUACAGGUGCCUUGGCCACACUUAGCGAGCUGCAUGCCUACAUCCUCCGAGUCGAUCCGGUGAACUUCAAGCUGCUUUCCCAUUGCAUUCUGUGCUCUGUGGCUGCCCACUUUCCCAACGACUUCACCCCAGAAGUCCAUGCUGCAUGGGACAAGUUCCUGUCCAAGAUUUCUUCGGUGCUGACUGAGAAGUAUAGAUAAACUGUCUCCUUGGAGUAUGAGGCCAUGGCAGCUAGGAGUGGAAUGCCCAUCUCUCAUCAUGCACGCUUCAUGAAUCCCCACACAUGGGUUUUAUCCUUAACAAAAAGUCAAUAAAUAUGCCAA